AUGGCAAAAGCGCUGCUACUGAGACACUCGGAAGAACAGACAUUUGCAGCAAGAGGAUAUCGUCUAGUAAAAAAACUGGGAGAAGGUUCCUGUGCGUACGUCUAUUUAGCAGAGUUCGCCUCAGGUCAAGACGACAAACAGAAGUUGCUCGCGUGCAAAGUGGUAGACGUAUCGAAAGCGCCAAAAGAUUUCGUGAAAAAGUUUUUGCCGAGGGAAUUGGACAUUUUAAUUCGAAUCAAUCAUCCCCAUAUCAUACACAUCCACAGCAUUUUUCAGAGAAAAACCAAAUACUUCAUCUUUAUGAGACAUGCUGAGAACGGUGAUUUGUUGGAAUACAUUCUGAAAAAGGGUCCGGUGUCAGAAUCCCAAGCCAGAGUCUGGAUCAGACAACUUGCCUUAGCCGUGCAAUAUCUGCACAGCAUGGAUAUCGCACACAGAGAUCUUAAAUGUGAAAAUUGCCUGAUAUCUGCUAAUUUUAACUUAAAACUGACAGAUUUUGGCUUCGCCAAAUUCAUAACAGACUCGCAAGGAAGACCAAAAUUAAGCAACACGUAUUGCGGCUCUCUGUCAUAUGCCGCGCCGGAGGUUUUGAGAGGAAUACCCUAUCAACCCAAGAUUGCAGAUAUGUGGUCCGUUGGAGUUAUAAUUUAUGUAGCUAUCAACAAAGCUAUGCCUUUUGACGACAGCGACGUCAAAAGGUUACACGAGCAACAAAUGAAUCGAAAGUGGAAAUUUAGAUCAAAAGUUGCAGACUCUCUAUCUGACCAGGUUAAAUUACUAAUUCGUUACUUACUGGAGCCUGACACAAAAAAGAGAUUACAGAUUGACAACGUAAUAAAAAGUGAUUGGUUCGCAAUGGAUCAUAGAUUUAAAACACUCAAUAACAUUGAAGAAGCGGCCCUUGCACAGGCGAUUGCACAAAGAAAAAAUUUUAUUGAAGGACUUGCUAAAAAAAAGGAUAGAAAAAGUACUAUGGUAACAGAGGAGGUAAAAGUGCUGAAGCCAACAACUCAUGUUGAUACUAAAAUCACAAGCCAGGUUAUUGAAAGCAUGCUGACGGUACCCAAAAUGAAAGAAGCUGUUGUUUAAUAAGCACAGGAAUAAAUCUGGGUGGGGGACUGUAUAACCACAAAACUGAACUUCUGGACUAAAAAAGGUACAAAAAAAUACAUCACACUUAAAGGAAUCCAAAAAAUGAAGAAAUAUAAAAUGUUGGAGUGCACCUAAUUGUGAAACAGUUGUGAUUCUGAAAUGCAUUAGUAAUAGCUUUCUCCAGUGUUCUAUGCACAUAAAAGCUUUAUGAAAAUAAUUUAAAAGCGAGUUUAUUGCG